AUGUCCCCCAAUGGCACAGUGCUUUCCUUUGACGCGAAACCAUACGCGUUCUCUUUCCCUCUGGAGCAUACUGCGUUACUCAUAAUCGACAUGCAACGCGACUUCCUGCUCACCAAAGGUUUUGGCGAAAUUCAAGGAGGAAACCUAGAGGCCGUUCAAGCAUCAAUCGCACCAACGAAAAAGCUGUUAGAAGCAUGUCGAGGUGCUGACAUGACUGUCUUCCAUACUCGGGAAGGCCAUAAACCAGAUCUCUCUGACUGUCCAUCAUCAAAGUUGAUCAGGCAAGAAGCUGCACCUGGCAAUACCCAGCACAAACUAGUCAUAGGCGACAAGGGAGAUCUUGGUCGCCUGCUUACCCGGGGCGAAUACGGACACAAUAUCAUAGAUGAGCUAAAACCGCUUCCUGGAGAGGUUGUCAUCGAUAAACCUGGCAAAGGCUCGUUCUAG